GGAGAUGAAGAGCCUGCUCCUUACCGUCCUGCUGCUGGGGCUGGUGGCUGUCCUGACGGCUCAGGAACCCCUAUUAGAUGACCAGGAGGAUUACUCUGGGACCUGGUACCCGAAGGCCAUGGUACACAAUGGGAGCCUACCCCAUCACAAGUUACCCACUAGGGUUUUCCCUGUGAAAGUGGUAUCCCUGGAAGAUGGAGACUUGGAGGUCACAGUUACAAUCUGGAAGGAGGAUCAGUGCCAUGAAUUUAAGUUUGUGAUGAGGAAAAUGGAAGAACCUGGCAUAUACAGUACCUUUCAUGGCAAGAAGACUGUUCAUGUGGAAAAGACAUCAGUGGAGGGGCACUACAUUUUCUACUGCGAAGGACUGCACAACGGGAAGUCGUUUGGGAUGGGAAAACUCAUGGGGAGAAACCCUGAGGAAAACCCGGAGGCUAUGGAAGAGUUUAAGAAAUUCAUACAGCGCAUGGAACUCCAAGAGAAAAACAUGUUUGUGCCAGAGAUCAGAGAUGAGUGUGUUAAUGAAAGUGACUAGGCAGCUACCCAGGUUUGCAACAGCUGAGCCAGCCUUGCUUCCACACCAGGCUGGGACGGACAUCCCGGCACCACACCUCUCCUGGACCAAGCUUCCCACUGCCUCGCCCCAACCCCCACCUCAGUACCUGCUCCCCUCCCCCACUCCAAAUAAAGCUUUCCAGCAG